GUUAUAAUCGAGGCCUCGCUCGCCGAAUUUCAUUAAAUUCUUCAAUAUCUAAUUUUAGUACAAUGUCCGAAACAUCUUUGCCAUGGACUACUAAGGACAUCGGGUUCAACGCGAUUUCUGGUGUACUAAAUGAUCCAAAUACGAAAGCCUCAACUGCUGCCAGACCUACAAAGAACGAUAUUCCAUCAGUACCUUCCACUAUCAUAAAAAAAGUAAAACCUGCCGAUUUCAGUAGCUAUCUUAAACAAAUUACUCCUGUUUUUGAGAGGUACAAUUAUAACAAAGAAUGUGGUGUAGAAAAUUCGCAAUCUAUCAGGAAAUCAACUUCUUCUUUCAUCGAAUCUCCUGUUGCUUCCACUACAAAAAUCUUGGUAAAUCUCGAGAAUUUGCCAAACGUCGAUUCUGAAAUUCCUGCACACCGACUAGAGAGUACAAGAAAUCCUUAUUCCGUGCGUAUGCCUCCUUUUUCUCCUGAUGAUGACCAGCCCUUAGAACCUGUAAUCGAUCUUCCAUUACUAGAGACAGUCCCUUCAAUAUUUUUUGAUCCUGACUUUAAUCUAGAAAACCCUAGAACAUUUGAUCUUGUGUGUGAAAACACUGAUAUUAUCGAUGGUAACCCUAAGAAUCCAACUAUUUCGACAAACGCAAUCCUUCAAGAAAAGCUUUCUCAUUAUCUUGAUACGGUUGAAGUGCAUCUUAUUAAAGAAAUUUCUCUACGAUCAUCUUCAUUUUUCGAAGCUUUAUCAAAUCUUCAAGCUUUACAUUCCGAAACAUUAGAAUGCAUUUCUCAAAUAAAUAGUUUGCGUCAAAAAUUAACACAUAUAGAUGAUUCUCAAGCUAAACAAGGGCUUGAAAUUGUGAGGCUAAAACGGCGCCGUGCAAAUAUGGGUAAACUUUAUGAGGGUUUAAGGAUGGUCGCAGAAAUUAGCUCAACUCAAUCAGUAAUACAGGCGUUAUUGGGACAAGGUGAUUAUUUUUCUGCUUUGGAUUUAAUUGAGGAAGCAAAUUCUAUUUUGAAUGGUGUUGAAAGUCAACGACCUCAAUUGGAAGAGUUAAUUAACGAGCAAAGCUUAAAAACUCCAAUCUUAUCAACAAAUAAUCAUAGAAUGAUGAUUGCUAAUAGAUUAAGUAAUGUAACGGAUGGGUUCAAAAGGUCUGGUACCAUCGAUUUAAGAGGAGUAAGAGCAUUAAUGUAUUUUGGUGGGCAACUUGGUGACAUGUACAAGUCAAUCGGUGUAAUGAUGGAAAAUGAUCUGUUGAACAUGUUGUUUAUGGAUUUUGAAGAACAUGUUGAAAAUGUGAACACUACAAAUGCAAUAAAUAUUCUUUGUAAUGAUAAUAAGAUUAAUCAUUCCGUAAAACAUAGUACCCCUUCAAUCAGUGCUAUGAACGAUCCUGUUGUAAUAGAUAAAGAAGAAAAGUUGAAAAAAAGAAUAACGCCAUUAGUUUUAGGCUUAUACAGAAUAAAUCGAUUCGCGUCUGCUUUGCAAGCAUAUCGCGAGAGGAUGUUGGAGGAAGUCAAAAAAAUGGUCCAAAUUCAAAAGCAUUUUAAAUCUUCAAUGCCUCUCACAGAAGCUAAAGAUGAUCACUCAAGUUAUUCAUCAACGGAACGUAGUUUGAAAGCUACAAAGUUAUUGAAAGGAAUGACUUUUGAUGCUUUUUUAGACACGCUGUUGUCAAUAUAUGCAAUAUUACUUGAAGGACUUAAGAGAAUUGCAAUUUAUCAUGAACUUUUCUCCGUUAUUCUAGCUGAUGCUCAAAAAAUCAGUUGGGGACCUCAAUUUGACCUAUUAGAGAAUGAAAAAGGUUCAUCAAAUAAGAACCUACAGGUAAACGAUGAUGAUAAAUCACAGAAAGAAACUGAAGCCAAAAUUUCGGAUAUUAAAACUCAAACUGAGUCUAAUACUGCUUCCGGAAAUUCUAAAAUCAGUACUGCUUUGAAAAUUACUACUGGAAUAAAAUCAAUAAUACAAAAAACCCAAUCUUUAGCAUUAAAAUCAUCGACAUCUUCACGGGAUCCACAACCUAAAAAGCUAGAACCCAUACCAUCAACCCCUAAAGCAGAAAUAAAAUUUGAUUCUAAUAGUCAAUACACACAGUUGGUAUCCGAUUCUUCACAAAUAGUAUUUGCUGUAGCAGAUUUGGCACAUGUACGAUGUGCUAAAUUGAUGUCAGUUCGUGCAGAUCAGAAUGCUCAACUGAACCAAAAAGAUUUUUAUCGGUUAUUCAAUGUUACAUGGGCAUUCGUUUUGGAGUGCGAAAGUUUAUGUGGGCGUAUGUGUUAUGGUCUGCGAGGAACAAUAAUUUCUCAGGCCAAAGCAUUUCUGAAUCAUUUUCAUAUGGAAAGGACAAAACAAGAGGCAACAUUAGUUGAGAAUGAACAAUGGAUACAAGCUGGCGUGCCCAUUGAUUUUCAGCGAAUUGUAGAUAAAAUUAUAGAUGCCUCUACAAAAGGGUUAUCGAAUUUCAAGGACAGUCCAUUAGACCAUCUAUCACCACCGGCUUCACCAGUAUAUCCACCUCCAGAUGCCCAAAUUAAUUAUAGCAAUGACGUUGUCAACGGCACGAAUGAAAAAGACCGUAUUCAGAACAAUUCUCCCGUGCAAUCAAGUAACAGGCACAUAUUUGUCGAGGAACGGAAAUUUUUUUUAGUUGGUUGCAGCUUACUACUACUAAAAAUGAUUGGUGAUUAUCUGAAAUGUAUGGUCAAUAUCCCAGUUUUGACCACUGAGACCAUGAAUAGGAUUGUAGAAAUUUUAAAUUUGUUUAAUUCAAAAACGUGCCAAGUUAUUUUGGGAGCAGGUGCCAUGCACUCUGCAGGAUUAAAAAAUAUCACAGCAAAACAUUUAGCACUUGCGUCUCAAUCCCUUGGUGCUAUGAUUGCGUUGAUACCGUAUAUUCGCGAAUGCAUUCGACACAAUCUCAAUUCCAAACAAGUGGUUAUGUUAACAGAGUUCGAUCGGAUUAAAAGGGAUUACAUUAACCACCAAAGUGAAAUACACGCUAAACUGGUAUCAAUUAUGAAUGACCGCCUGGUGGUUCAUCUUAGAUCUUUCCAGUCAAUGAACUGGGACGAAUCAGGCGCCAAAGACGGUCCGAACCCUUAUAUGGAAUCAUUAGUUAAGGAAACUACAACUCUACAUAAGGUUUUAAACAAAUAUCUUCCGCAGGAAAUUCUGCAGAACGUAAUGUCAGAUGUAUUUAAAUCGUCAAACACAAAGAUUGCAGAAGAAAUUGCUAAAGUGGAUAUUUAUACACCUCUCGGGAAAGAACGAAUUACCACAGACAUACAAUAUUACAUACGUAAAUUAACGGCUUUAGAAGGACUUCAAGGGUCUACUAGUGAUUUAGAGAAUAUAGUUAACAACUUGCCAAUUAAAGAAAAGUUAUCGAACGGAGAUGAAACUACUAAUAUAACAUCAGAUAAUUUGGAUUGA